CUUCUCACCCAUUGAUAAAAGUAAACUUAAUAAAACAAAAAAACAAAAAACAAAAUAAAUUCAUUGCCUCUCUACUUGUACUGUUUAUUUCCACAGAUUUAACAUCUUCCUUGUGCAAAUUAGGGUUUUUCAUUAGUAUCUCUUUCUUACUGGAAUCAAGAAGCCGCCAACCAAGAAAUUGAAAGGAUGGAAAUAAUAACAAAGAAGAAAAGUUGAAUCAAGGACCUUGUUGACUUUAAGCUAUCAGUAUCAGCUGCAAGUUCCACUGCAAAGAAAAUUAAGAAGACUUGAGGAUCGGGGGCUAGAAAUUUAACUGUGGCUUGAGGCUGGAGCAACUAAUGUUAGCCUUGUUGUAUCUAGUGCUAGAAGCCUUAGCAGUAUGUGGCAGUGCUUCUCCCGUAAAUAAACAAAAAUGAUGAAAGCUAACAAGAUAAUGAGUUCUUACUUCACUCUGACUGUCCAUGGUUAUACAGCCUAACUGUUCAACUUCAUUUGACCAAGUAUUGCACUUUCUCAAGUGGUUGUAAACUGUCGUCUCUAAUUGCUGCCACUUCUGGCUGCGAUGGAUGAUGGUGGGCAUCGUGAAAAUGGAAGACACAAAGCUGAUCAAUAUAAAACUGCUCAGGGUCAGUGGUUGAUGCAAGCUCAGCCUUCAAUGAAACAGAUUAUGGCCAUCAUGGCCGAAAGAGAUGCUGCUAUUCAUGAGAGAAAUAUGGCUAUUUCAGAGAAGAAGGCAGCUAUUGCAGAGCGAGAUAUGGCAUUCCUACAGCGUGACUCAGCUAUAGCUGAGCGAAACAAUGCAAUAAUGGAGAGAGAUAAUGCGAUUGCAACUCUUCAAUAUCGAGAGAACUCCAUACCAAGUGGUAAUAUGCCGUCCUCUUGCCCUCCAGGAUGCCAAAUCUCGCGUGGGGUGAAGCACAUGCACCAUCCGCAGCAGCAUGCACAUCAUAUGCCCCACUCAAGUGAAGCUUCAUAUAGUACUAGGGAAAUGCAGACAAGUGACACUCUCCCAAUGUCACCUGUUGGUUCUGAGGCUGCAAAGCCACGACGGGUUAAACGGUCAAAAGAUGCCAAAAUGGCGCCUUCUAACAAGAAGACUUCAAAAUCUCCAAGGAAGAUUAAGAGAGAGAGUGAAGACUUGAAUAAGGUCAUGUUUGGCAAAUCACACGAAUGGAAAAAUGGGCAGGAUAUGGCUGGUGGAGCUGAUGAUCUGAAUAAACAGCUGGUGGUGGCAUCUAAGUCUGAUUGGAAAGGUCAUGAUUUAGGGUUGAACCAGAUUGCAUUUGAUGAGUCAACUAUGCCAGCCCCUGUAUGCUCUUGCACUGGAGUGUUCAGGCAGUGCUACAAGUGGGGGAAUGGUGGAUGGCAAUCAUCAUGUUGCACAACCACCUUGUCCAUGCAUCCGUUACCUGCAGUGCCCAACAAGCGGCACGCCCGUGUGGGUGGAAGAAAGAUGAGCGGGAGUGCUUUCAGCAAACUGCUUAGCAGGCUAGCAGCUGAAGGAUAUGAUCUUUCAAGUCCAGUUGAUCUCAAGGAACACUGGGCCAAGCAUGGGACUAAUCGCUACAUCACAAUCAAGUAGAGAAAGAACAUGUAGUAUUAAGAUAUGCUGUAUGUAUCCUCAUUUUUCUGUAUUUGCUGUGGGAGAAAAUAAUGAUUUUAACAUCACGCAUAAGCUAAGAAGUUAUUAGGUAGCUGAGACGAACCACACUGCCCUGCCCUGCUGUGUUUAUUAGGUAGCUGAGACCAAUCAGACUGCCCUGUCUAUCCGGCAAAUUGCCCAAUUGUUGUGGUUUAUAGUAAAGUGUACUUGAGUAGUUUGUCCUUGUAACUCUAGUUAAUUGUAAAGGUUUUUCUCUCGAGGUGGUGUUGUAACGUUACUAAGUGUUAAUUUAUAGUAUAGAUCAUUCAGGCA